AGAAGUCAAAGGUCAGUGAUGAAAAAUGGCACAGUGACAACGUUCAUUCUGCUGGGACUGACCGAUGACCCUGAGCUGCAGGUUCUGAUGUUCAUCUUUCUCCUUCUCACCUACAUGCUGAGUGUAACCGGGAACCUGACCAUCAUCACACUCACCUUUGUGGAUUCUCACCUGAAAACACCGAUGUACUUUUUCUUAAAAAACUUCUCCUUUUUGGAAAUCUCCUUCACCUCUGCUUGUAUCCCUAGAUACUUGUAUAGCAUAGCAACGGGGGACAAGGUCAUUACCUAUAAUGCCUGUAUUAUUGAAGUGUUUUUUACCUACCUCUGUGCAGUCACAGAGUUUUUCCUCUUGGCCGCCAUGUCCUAUGACCGCUACGUGGCCAUCUGCAAGCCUUUACAUUAUGUGACCAUCAUGAGCAGCAGAGUCUGUUGGGUUCUCAUUGUCUGUUGUUGGCUGUCUGGUUUAUCCGUAAUAAUUCCACCACUCAUCUUGGUUUUAAAAUUGGAAUUCUGUGACUCUAAUAUCCUUGACCAUUUUCUCUGUGAUGAAUUUCCCCUUGUGAAAACCACAUGCUCAGACGUGGUUCUUGGGACAGUUAACAUCUGGGAUCUGCUGACCCUAAACAUGACUCUUACUACUGCGUUUCCGUCUCAUGCCUUUUCAACCUGUUCUUCCCACAUGGUUGUGGUGUCAAUCACCUACGGCACCUGCAUUUUCAUCUAUAUGAAUCCUGCAGCAAAGGAAGAAGUGACUGUUAAUAAAGUAGUUACACUGCUUAUUUCUUCUGUUUCACCUACAAUGAACCCAUUUAUUUAUACAUUGAGAAACAAUCAAGUUAAGAAUGCUUUCAAAGUUUUACUUAAAAGACUUGCAUUGAUCUCAAGUAAGUGA